AUGGCAAUGAAUCAGAAUUUGGUACCAGCCUAUUUUCAGACUGGAAAUAUAUCCAGCUCUGCUCCGCAGCAGGUCGAGCAUUUAGUAAUUGGCGAUCGUGUCAGUAUGCUGAAAGAUGAGGCGAAACCAACGAUACAGCUACAAGCAUCCACUCCCACGGGUAUGACUAUUCAUCCAGCAGGUGCAACUUUUUUCCAAACGACGUCCAGUAGCCCGUUCACAACAACAAAUAGUGGUCCCGUUUUUCAUAGCUCUACAACAGCAACUACAUUUCUACCCAAUUCGGUGCAGAACGUCCAUAUACAACCAAACACCGCGGCUACGCUUAAUGGACAACAAACACAGCAAGUUCGCCUUGUGCAAGCAGUCAAUUCUACAUCGGGCGUCAAUGUCACGUCUCCUCAACAUCAAGCCGCUACAGUGUUGACUGUUGUAACGGCACAGAAUCCGAAUGGUACAACUAUGCAGAUUCUUCAGCCACAAGGUGCUGAAACAGAUGAGCGACGUAUUGCUGCCAUACUGGAUUCAUAUUUCAUUGAACAGCAGGCUCCAACAACAUCAGUGGUUGCACCCAUUACAACAGCUGCUGUAGCUGUCACAACGCCAUCUGCUUAUCCAUCACCUGCAAGUAUCGUAGCAAAAUACACACGUGGGAAAGGUACAACACAAGAGAAAAAGGAAAAGGACGAAGCAAAACGAGCUAAACAAGCUGAAGCAGCACGUUUGCGGUAUCAUCGGUUAAGCGCUGAGGAAAAAAGGGCGUUAAAUAUCAAGCGAACAAUGGCGCAGAAGCGCAAAAGACAGCGUGAGAAAGAACUUGAAGAACUUGAAAAUUUACUGCGUCAAACAAAUGAUAUACAAGAGGAUCCAGAUAUUAAUGAACAGCUGCGUGAGAAGCGGAUGCGGGCACGUUGGGCUGAGGCAGCACGUUCACGUUAUCAGCGUAUGUCAUCAGAAGAACGCCGCGCGCAUAAUAAUCGUAGACGGAUGAGACAGAUUGCUGCAACGGAAGGAUUAAAGGGGCCUGACGGACAGCCCGACGAAGAAGCGAUCAAGAGGCAUAUCAAGGAACAAAAUGCAAAGAAGGCUGAGGCUGCCAGACUUCGUUACCAUCGGAUGACUGAGGAAGAAAAGAGGGCUUAUAAUCAGAGAAGAACGGAAGCAUUCCGGCGACGACGUAUGGAGGAGGAAAUGUUGCUUGCAAUGCCCAUAGGGCGUAUUAAUGGAGAAGCCUUAGAUCGAGCACAGCAGAUUGUUGUUCGAAAUGCGAAACGAGCAGAAGCUGCCAGGCUGAGAUAUCAGAGAAUGACACCGGAGCAGAGGAAAGCUUAUAACCAGAAACGGUACACACCAAAACGGAAACGACUUGAAAAUUCUGAGGAUAGCGAAACUAAUAUGAAUCGUGGUCGAAAGCGUAAUCAAGAUGAACAGUUUGAUGCACUUUCAACCUUGGAAAGAGAUGUGAUCAAGAGGACGCAACAAGCCCAACAAGCUUUGAUGCGCCAACGAGGCACUCCCUCAGCGAAUGCUCCUGCCGGUGCUUACUUGACAGCACAUGUUGUUCAGCAACCUCAUUCAAAUGUAACUACGGUUCUUCCCAGCACAGCAAUAAUCCCGAAUAGUGGCGGUGUGUUGCCUGGUGCCACUGUGUUAGCUGCACAGAUUCAGCCAUCGCAAAUUCAAACCGCUCCAAUUCAGACGCAGCAAGUUCAAUCGCAGCAAACAAAUCAGCCUAUGCAGCAGCAAGCAAUGACGCAGAUUCCCCAGCAAGUUCAGUUACAGCAAAUCCAUCCCCAACAAAUCCAGAAUCAAUCUUCGCAGCAACAACCACAGCAGCAGAUUCAAUAUACCGUAAGUCCAGCUGGGCAAAUGAUGGUUGGACAACAUUUACAGCAACAGUUGCUUACACCAUAUGCGACAGUGCCUCCGAGAGCCUAA